AGUUUGUUACAAUUUCUAAUUGUAAUCGUUAAAUAAAGUGACUAUUAAUAAGUGUGCCUGUGCCAUUGUUUUAUCGAGUAUUAGUUAUUGAGUUACUGCAUAGAGCAGCUUUUGAUGAACAUUAGAAAAAUGGAAGUAUUAGAAAAUAGUAACACAUCUGAAAAUAGUAAUAUACCUGAAAAUAGUAAUAUACCUGAAAAUAGUAACAUACCUGUAAAUUGUAACAUAUCUGUUAGGAGAUGGACAUAUUUACUUAUAAAUCCCAUCACAAUGAUAUUCAUGAUCGCUUUUUCUAUGUCAGGUAACAUCUUGACAGACUUUAUAUUGUAUCGUACUUGUACUAUAACUAUGGAAAUAAAUGAAACCAAAUGUGAUAUGCUUUAUAAUAAUAGCACUAGCGAAGAGAUUCACAAAAUUAAACUCAUAAUACAGCCAGAGACAGGCCAUAUUCAAAUAUGUAAAGCAUUCAUCGAAAGUGUUUUCCCCACGUUUCUGAUUUUAUUUCUAGGACCAUGGAGCGAUAAACAUGGGAGGAAAUUUAUUUUAAUUGCAACAUAUUUAAGUAUAUCUUUGACUUUUUGUAUGCUCACCCUUAUGUCUAAUUGGCAAAUAGGGCCUUGGUAUUUCCUGAUAGCCUAUAUUCCGUUUGCUUGCUCGGGAGGCAUGACCGCAUUAUUGCUAGCUUCAACAUGUUACAUUACUGAUAUAACAAAUGAAAAUGAACGUGCGUGGUAUUUAGCCUGGUUUGAUGCUUUUUGCAAUGCCGGCAUGCUAAUCGGAUUGAUUUCUGCUCCAGCGAUACUUAAAGCAUCCAAUUAUGUUAUUGUGUUUUGCACUGCAGGUGCGCUCUGCACUCUGAUGACAGUGUGCAUAAUUUUUAUUCCGGAAACUAAACAUCAGAGCGAAACUUACGUAGGUAUUCCAAAAUACAUUUGUUACGAUAAAAUACAUACAUUAAGUCAUUUUUCUGAAACAAACAACAGUAACAGCAGCUUAAAGGUUCUCACAUCUAUUUCUAUUCAAUAUAAAUUAACUUUAAGUCAGAUAUUCGAUUUUAAGUAUUUAAAAGAUAUUUAUAAUACAUGCAUUAAAAACAGAGAUGGAUUCGAUAGAUGGUUAGUCUGGAAUUGCAUAGCUGGCCUCGUGUUUCAAGUGAUUAUUGUUCAGGGCAGUUUCGCUAUCGGAUAUAUGUUUGUAAGCGCACGAUUUGGAUGGACUGUAAAAGAGUAUAACGAAUACGUGGCUUUAAAUAUAAUGAUAACAGUACUCGGCACGAUACUCGGUAUUAAAUUAAUACCGAAGUACACAGGGCUCUCAGAACCGAUGAUCGCCGUAAUAUCCGUUAUAUCAGCUCUUUGUAACGUCAUGACAUGCGCCUUUGCAUGGAAAUCCUGGCACAUGUAUCUAGCUAUGUUUAUAGGAAUAUUUAGCGACAUAUGUCGACCGACGAUUCGUGCUAUUUUGUCCAAAAAAGUACCUGUAGAGGACAUAGGGAAAGUUUUCUCCUUGACUAUGGCAGUGGAGACCUUGAUACCAUUUCCGGCAAUUUCUUUAUAUACAUUCGUCUAUAAUAAUUACAUGCCACCUAUAUAUCCUCUACCAGCACCGUUUUUAUCAGCAACAUUCUAUGUCCUAAUUAUGGCGAUAUCGAUAUAUAUUCAAAUGCGAAUCAAUGAACAUACCAGGCAUUCCGUUCAAGAACAAGAAACCAUAUCAACUAUCAAUGGCUCGGUUAAUUAAUAGUUGUUAUCAAAAAAGAACAAAUACGAAAUGUUCAUA